AUGAUGAGUCGUAAAUGCCAAUAUAUCUAUCAAAGAAUUAUUUUAUUUUUUAUUAUUAAUUUAAUUAUAUUUUUUAUUUCACAAAAUUUUCUUAUCAAAAUACAAAAACCUUAUGUACAUCGUACUUAUAAUAAUCAUAAAUCUAUUUUAAAUAAUAAUUUAACAUUUAAAAAUGUAUCUAUUGUUCAUUAUACAACAUUAUAUGGUAUACGUACUGAUUCUCGUACAAAAAUUUUUAAUGAUAAUUUAAAACAAAUAUGUAAUAUACUUGAUCCAGAAGAUUAUUUAUUAGCUGAUAGUGUUUUUGUUAGUCUUGUUGAUUUUGUUCGUUUUCCAAGUUUAUCAAAUGGAAUCUCAUAUCGAAGUCUACAUCAAUCUCAAUUGUGGAUAGUUCAUUCAGAAGAAUCUCCAAGAAAUUCUUAUCGAAUAAUGGAUGUGAAGAAUAUAAAAGAUCUUGAUGAUUGGUUUAAUUUAACAUCAACAUUUAAACCGGAAUCGGAUUUUCCUAUUCAAUAUCGAGGAUAUCGCAUCAAACCAAAAAUUGGUGAUCUUCUUAAAAAUAAACUCAAUAUAAGUCUUCAUCAAACCAUCAAUUUAACAUCAGAUUUACUAUCAGACACUUUUAUAAAUGAAUCUUUUAUUUAUUUAAAUACUCUUUCGUCUAUAUUUCAUAAAGAAUUAAUUAAUCGAAAAAAAAUUCUAUUAAAUCUUUGCCCAUAUACUUGUAAUCAACCAUUGCCACAUCAUGCCAUAAAAUCUCUUCAACCUUAUUUAAAACAAACUACACAAAAAGUUUUAAAUCAAAAUAUUGUUUAUAUUGUUUGGUUUGUUUCUAAUUGUAAUACUCAUUCACGUCGUGAAGAUUAUGUAAAUAAAUUACGUUCACAAAAAGGUAUUCAUAUUGAUAUAUAUGGUAAUUGUAAAUCAAUUUAUCAUUCACCAAUUUUAUCAAUUCAAUGUCAAAAAGGCACAUCAAAUUGUAUAGAAAAUAUUUUAUUAAAUUAUCGUUUUUAUUUAUCAUUUGAAAAUUCAAAAUGUGAUGCAUAUAUUACAGAAAAAUAUUGGAUACAAGGUUUAAAUGGACACACUGUACCUAUUGUAUUAGGUGCCAAAAAAGAACAAUAUCAGCGUCUACCUCAAGUCCUCUUAUCGAAUGGUCCAACAAUUUCAACAAACUUCUCCUAUCCAUCGACCAUUGCUCCAAAUGUGCUUUUUCAGAUACCUUUUCAACUCACCUCUACUGUUCAGAUCACUGCUAUUGCCAUGUUUCCACGACAGAAUAACGGCUCCCUCACUGUCAGAGCUGCUCUUUAUAAUGCUGAAUCUAUGAUCAUUGCACAGGCGGCAACAAUCACUGUCUCUGCAGUUGAAUUCUCGGAUGCUCAACCUAAACCAUUGACAUUAUCAUUCGAUCAACCAGUUAAUCUUACAGCUGGCAUUAGCUACAGUGUUGCCUAUUGGUAUGCUAGUUCCAGUAACAACAAUGCUGGUUAUGUCGCACUAUUCGGUACAAUGCCUGCUAAUGCGACGUGGAUUACUCCAGGUGUUGACUUUUCUACAGUGAAUGGUUUAUUUCCAAGUUUCCUAGCCACAUUUAAUAUUUUCGGAACUGGUACUAGAGCUCCAUUUAUUCAAUUGGUGGGAUUACUAUGCACCAAUACAGUUCCUGCUACAUCUAUUCAUCUCAAUGAGACAAUAAGCUCCAUAUUACAAGCAAUUCAACGUAAAUAUGUUGGCGUACCGGCCAUUGGUGCCUCGAUCAUUCAAAUGCCCUCAUUAGAAUCUUAUACAGGGGUUCAAUCAUUACCACAUGUGAUCUGUCCUUUUAUUCCUGUAUCAACGGUAGUGUCUGGUGUUCGCCGCACUGAUGCAGUGACUCCAGAAGUAGUAACAGUCAAUGAUAAAUGGCACCUUGGAUCAGAAACUAAAUCAAUGACAGCCAUUCUCAUUCAUAUGUUGAUUGAAGCAGGCAAAUUAAAUCUCAACACAACUGUUAGCGAGAUCUUUCCUUACUUGCCAUUUUCUUCAAUUUCAACACCACCUUCAAAUUCAUGUACGUGCACCAAUCUCUCUAAUGCUGUUGGUUAUUUUGCUAAAUCUCCCUAUUCUUGUGGUUUGACCAUUCAUACUUCAUGGAAAUAUGUAACUGUUGCUCAUUUAUUGACUCACGCCUCUGGUCUUGGUGCACUGGAAACGAUAUUUGAGGCACUCACUGUUGAAGAAUAUGCAAUAGAAAGAAAUGGUACCAAGGAGUCUUGUAGCAACUAUCCUUGGCCCUCACGUCAUUAUCGUUUAAGUCUCUUAUUACCGAUGGCUAUUCCGAAUUCACCGUCAUCGAUUGAUGUUCCGGUAGCUUUCUCUUAUUCGAACAAUAAUUUCAUUUUAUUAGGAUUAAUAUUAGAAGAAAUCUGGCAUUUACCAUGGGAAUCGAUUAUUCAACACCAAUUAUUUGAUCCUUUGGGAAUGACUACAGCAGGAUUUGGCUCACCAAUUGAAGAAGUGCCAUUGAAUUCAUUCGCUACUCAACCAUUAGGCCAUUUCAUAGAUACAGGUAAUGUGAUACAUAGUAUGGAUCGUGAUUUACCGAAAUCUUGGGCUCCUGCGGGUACAGUUCAUGCUAGUCUUAAUGAUUGGGCUAAAUUCAUUGCCUGUCAUUUACAAGAAGGACGUGAUCUAACGUCAUUCGGCUUUGCUCCUAUGAAUAGUAGUUUUCUUAAUUCGGCAAUCUCACCCUACUUACUCUCGGCAUCGAUGUGGGAAAGUAUUCAUGCCGCAUAUGUUUUCCCUUCAGCAUCUACUCCCAAUGCUCAAUAUUCACUCUCUGCAAUGGGUAUUGACAAGGACAAUCUUGGCCCAUCUCUGACGCACACUGGUACUAACACCAUUUGGUUCGCUUAUGUUGUAGUUUAUCCUCAAUUGGUUCAGCCNUUGCGAAAAAUGAGAUAUUUUUGUAAAUAA